AUGUCAGUAACGGCGCUCACUUACAGACUUUUUAAAUCUGGAACUAAUAACUGGCAGGCUCUCGAGGCAGCCGGUGGUGAUCCAUCCGGGUCCUGGACACCUGCAUGGAGUUUAGAGACCGACGAUGCCUUCUGUCAGGAACUCGAUAUAGGAACGACUAUUUUCUCCCUCACAGCGCCCGGGCCGCCGAUCGCAGGUCAAGAAGGCUCAGUCAAACUUUCGCGCACCACCAAUGACUAUCUAGCCUCGGUGAGAGACAGGAAUCCCUCGAAAUAUGGCUUUUUUGCCGCUAUGCCGGAUUUGCGUAACACAGCUGCCGCUCUGGCGGAGAUAGAAUACGCAUUCGACACACUACAGGCGGAUGGCGUAAUGCUACUGACCAGAUACGGCCCCACAAAUAUGUACCUUGGCCACGAGGCAUUCAGUCCAAUCUGGACUGCACUCAAUGCUCGCAAGGCCGUCGUGCUCGUUCACCCAACACACUCCAUCGAUACGAGUCUUUUGGCCAAAAAUAUCCCGCAGCCUAUUGUGGACUACCCGCAUGAGACCACUCGAGCGGCCGUCGAUAUUAUCAUGUCUAACGGCCGAAGGAACUAUCCUGACGUCAAGGUCAUCUUGUCCCACGCUGGAGGAACGAUGCCAUAUCUCGCGAAGCGCAUAGCAUCACUAAGCGAUAUCCAGCUGGUAAAUAAGUCGGUCGAUGAGAUUGCUGAGGAUAUUGCAACUUUUUACUUCGAUGUUGCGCUUUCCUCGACAAAUCAGACCAUUGAGACACUCUUGACCUGCACUACUCCUGAUCAUAUUUUGUUUGGGAGCGACUACCCUUAUGCGCCUCGAAAAACCAUCGACCGAUUUGCCAGGGAGCUGGACGAGAGCUUCCGGGGGAACAAGGAUCUAUCGUUUGCUAUAAACAUGGGGAACGCGAUGCGCCUCUUUCCUAGGUUAAACAAGCAAUGA